AAGUUCCCUCUGCUUCCCCAACUCCAACAAAUACCCACGCCAUUCUUAAUCUUACUUUCUCACUCUCUCAUCCUUUCGUAAACGCCACAUUUUCACUUAUUUCGCAGCUGGGUCCUCUACCGUGUAAAUAUACUCGUGUCCCCUACGAACUCAGCCUCAAACAGAACUGCUUCUCCUUUCUAUGUAAGAUACUGGCAGAUAGAGUUUAUCAUGGGUUGCUUUCAGUCCAAAACUGCCCAUCUCUCCUCACCGGACGACCCCUCUUCGCUUCCCCCUGUCAAUAAACCUGAAUCAGCAAAUGAAGAAGAGGGUGAUCAAGAGAACCAAGUGCCAGCAUUCAAAGAGUUUGGUCUUAACGAACUAAGGAAGGCAACUAAUGGGUUUAGCUCAGAGUACAUUGUCUCAGAGAGUGGAGAGAAAGGCCCCAAUGUCGUUUACAGAGGGAAGCUUGAUAAUAAUCGCUUGGUUGCCAUCAAACGCUUCUCUAAGCAAUCUUGGCCUGAUGCUCAGCAGUUUGUGGCAGAGGCAGCCGGAGUUGGAAAGCUGAGGCACCAGAGAUUGGUGAAUCUGAUUGGUUGCUGUGCUGAAGGAGAAGAGAGACUUCUGGUGGCUGAGUACAUGUCCAAUGAUACUCUUUCGAAGCAUCUCUUUCAUUGGGAAAAACAGCCACUUCCCUGGGAAAUGCGUGUUAGAGUCGCAUACAAUAUUGCACUGGCCCUUGAUCAUUGCAAUUCAGAAAACUGGAAGAUCUAUCAUGAUCUGAAUGCAUAUAGAGUUCUUUUCAAUGAGGAUGGUGAUCCGUGUUUAUCAAGUUUUGGCCUUAUGAAAAAUAGCCGAGAUGGAAAAAGCUACAGUACAAACUUAGCAUAUACCCCGCCUGAGUUUUUGCGGACAGUGAACUGGUGUUAUUUUUGCAAAAGAGAGGCAGAGUCAGGCAAUCAUCUUCUUCCUUGGUGUCCCCUUUCUUUCGCUCUUGAUCUAAUAAGAGGGAAAAAUGUCCUGCUAUUAAUGGAUUCAUCAUUGGAAGGACAGUAUGCUAAUGAAGAUGCUACCAAGUUGGUUGAACUAGCUUCCAAAUGUCUUCAGUCAGAGGCUCGGGAUCGACCUGACACAAAGUUUCUUCUCAAUGCAGUUGCACCUCUGCCGAAACAGAAAGAGCUGGCAUCCUCUGUUUUGAUGGGUUUGCCUAAAAAUACAGUAGUCCCGCCCACAAUGCUUUCUCCCCUUGGAAAAGCCUGUGCAAAGAUGGAUCUCACUGCUGUUCAUGACAUUUUGCUUAAGAUGGGUUAUAAAGAUGAUGAGGGUGCAGAGAAUGAGCUUUCAUUUCAAGAAUGGACACAACAAGUGCAAGAUAUGUUGAACACAAAAAAAUUUGGGGAUAUUGCAUUCAGGGACAAAGAUUACAAGAGUGCAAUUGAAUAUUAUUCAAAGUUGGUUGUCACGAUGUCUGUCCCCUCGGCAACAGUAUUUGCCAGAAGAGCUUUCUCAUAUUUGAUGAAUGGCCAAGCUGAACUUGCAUUGAGGGAUGCCAUGCAGGCUCAAGUGUGUAUACCAGAGUGGCCAACUGCAUUCUACCUGCAGGCCCUUGCACUCUCGAAGCUUGGAAUGGAAACUGAUGCUCAAGACAUGCUUAAUGAUGGGGCGGCCUUUGAAGCCAAGAAGCAGAAUAGCUGGCGCAGCUAGAUUUCGAAACCCCAAGGUAAAAAGUUGCAAGGUAAUACUUGUUAAUCAGUAUCACAGAUGCAUAAAUGGUGACUAGAGUACAAAGUGCAGUAGUAGGAAGAAGAGAAGAGUUGUAACUGGAGUUUAGAAAAUUCAGCUGAAUACUAUGCUUGGCUGAAUAUCAGAAGCAUGUAAAACGUGUUCCGAAAGGCAAAAAUAAGUAAGGUUAUAACCACAUUUUUGUAUUUAACCCAUUCAUGUGGUUUCUCCUGUUGUAGAAAUUAUAUACGGUUUUGCUGGGUAUUCUGUGGGAAAACUUGUCACUUGAGAGGAAUCGAAGAGAAAUUUAUCGGUAGAUUUGCAGAUUGCAGCGUCUUGGGUUUAUAGAAAGCAUGAGAGGUUUGCCCAAGUUUCCUUUGGGGUUGACAUUGCUUCUGGUGGACCUGUAAUGGAAGAUAAAAGUUAUGGUGGUGCUAAUCUUCAUUCUGAAUUAAAUUUUAUUGCCUCUUCUAACAA